GACGCGCGGUCUUUCAGCACCAGGACACGCGUGUGCAGUCUCAGGACUUCAGGAUCCUCUGCCAAGUAACAAGUGGUGGUGGUGGUGCCGGCGCUCAGCGCUUCGACGAGACAUCGAUUCCGGAUAAACUGAAUUACCGUUAUAAGAUAACGCAUCGGUGUAAUAUAAUAAUCGUUCCCUGCAAUCGGUGGUCCAGACAGCCGCGACAACGACAGGUUCGGGGAUUCCCUGCAGCCCACAAUAAAGAAACCCGAGAGAUAAACGAAGCCAACGAUGGGCGAACGCCGGGGCACCAAAGCCCUCGAAUUAUGGUGCCGGCGUAUAACCGAAGGCUAUCCUGGUGUCAACGUGCAAAACAUGACGACCUCGUGGCGCGACGGACUCGCCUUCUGCGCCAUGAUUCACCACUUUCGACCCGAUCUUGUGGAUUUCAACUCGUUGAACAAAGAUGAUGUCUACGGUAACAACGAGCUCGCGUUCAGGACGGCUGAACAGCAUCUCGGGAUACCCGCCCUCCUCGACGCCGAGGAUAUGGCCUCUUGCGCCGUCCCUGAUCGUCUCUCGAUUCUCACCUACCUCUCCCAGUUUUAUCAAACCUUUGGAGGAUUAUCUCCGAGUCGUUCGGCGCUUAAAAGAACCAGCAAGGAAGAACCCGACGCGAGGCUUGCGUCUGUUUCCGGUAGCCCCCAACCCAAGAUGGGGGUUCGUCUGGGGGUGAGAAAGGAGCCGUGCGUCGUUUGCGGUCUGCCCGUUUUCCUCGCCGAGAAGUUGGUGAUAUCGCGUUCGCUGUACCACCGGACCUGCUUCAGGUGUGCCAGGUGCAACAAUCAGCUAACCCUCGGGAAUUAUUACGAGACCGAGGAGGGCCAAUAUUGCUGCGAAACAUGUCCGGACGAGGAAGCCGCGGUCUCGGCUGUUCCGGUUAUGUACCAGGACUACAACCAGACCGCUUUGUCGGCCGGAUUGAGAGAGCCGCUCGAUUAUCGUCCGACCACCGCGAGUCCGACCUACAAACGGGCUCUCAGCGACGAGGAGAAGAGCUCGAAGCGUAACAGCAACUCUGCCGCCGUUUCUGAGGUGGCGAAAAUAAGGCUGAACUUUAUGACGAACCAGUUGCUUGCCGGAAACGAGGAGGACAACGAAAUGACCACGAACGAACCUCGGCUGCGAAUGAAUGCAGUUAACGACGAGAUAUCACCGCAACAUCCUGCAGAUAACGAACGUCGGACCCCAGACGAAUCGGAAGAUAAAAGCUCGGAGGUUCUUCUUAGCUCCAGUUUGCCUGCAGCUGAGCCGAUGUGCGAAUCUCCUGCUUUUUCUUCUUCUUCUUCUUCUUCUUUAUCAUCAUCUACGCCGGCACGGUUGUCGUCGAAUCCGACGACUGAAUUUUGCGGAUCUGAAAAGGGUAGCAGAGAAAGGACGAAUUCGCCCGUGGCGACGACGACGACCCCGCCAUGUAACGAGGAGGAGGAACAGGAAGCGGAGAAAGAGGAGGAGGAGAAGCAGAUCGGUGUAAAUAAUACAGAUUGUAAUUUAAGUCGUAAUUAUAAUAAUGUCGUUAGUAAUCAGCGUCUAACUGCCACCGCGAAUCAUGACUUAGAUGAUAGUAAUAAAAGUUUAAUGUGUAACGAGGAUACCAAAGACACGCUUGCUGCCCGCCAAGACGAGGCACGGAUCAGCGAAUCUGCUGGACAGCAUCUCUCGCUCGUUCAGCAGCGAUUGAUGAUUUUUGAAAAUAUUAAACAGCCAGAUGUUGUCGAGGAGAGAGCAAAUGAACCAAAUUCUGUUUCUGUAAAUAAUAUUGUUCUAUCGAGUAAGAAGACAAAGAGGAAAGACAGGGAGAAGGAGAUUGAGAAGGUUGUCGACAUGGAAGAAACUGAUCGGAGUAUUGGAAACCCUCAAGAAUCUGAUCCAAUAUCUAAGCAAGAGAAAAAGGAAUCUCCUGUGAUUUCACAACCAGAUACCUCCGAUGAUGUCGACGUAGUUGAGCACGAAUCGUUGAAAACGUCCGAUGAAAAAUCGUCGACUGCUAGUGUUGUAACUAUAGCUACGAACGAUGCUCAGGCGCCUGAAACCCAGAACACUACCAGUCUGCUUAAUGUGUCGGGUGUAGAUUUGAGUACCUCUGGUGAAUAUCCGGAAGACUUGAACCCCUUUCAAAGUGAUGACAGUGAUGAAGAUGGCAAAACCAAGGAAGAAAUUCCUCGACGACCCAUAGCGGUUCAUAAUAAGUCUGAUAAAUAUGUAUCUACUAAUCCUUUCGGCAGUAGUGACGACGAAAACGAGAAUGACCAGGAAGUUGUUCCCCCGCGUCCAGCUGCACGCAAAAAUUCUUCGGUUGUUAAUAAGACUGAGAAUACACAGGGUGGGCAGUCUCCUGUUAGGCGACGCCUUCAAGCGCCGCAGAUAAAUCUUAAUCCCUUUUGGAGCGACGAUGAGGAUUGUGAAAGCGACGAGGAUAACUCAGGGACUAAUGUCGAUAAGGGUACUCCAGUACCGAAGCCAAGAACAAAGAAACUAACUCCAGAGCCCAGUCCUGUACCACGCAAGACCUCCUUGGAUCGUGGAGGACUUUAUGCUUCCAACACUUCUAUAGGAAGUGCAGGAUCAUUGAUUACGCCGGGUGGUACUUAUCGCAAGAAAAAACCAGCUCCACCGCCGCCUAUGGCUCACGAAAUGUUCUCCACUACCUCCACUUUUGAUACCCUUACUCUACAAUCACCAGAUGAUUCACAAUCCGCAACUGCUGUUCCAUUACGCACGCCACGCAUUCGAAAGACUAAACCAGCGCCACCGCCGCCAAUAUUCACAAGUACGCCACAAAAUAUGACAGAUGUAUUUUCUGCAGAGGACAAAGAUACGGAAGAGAGACGAUCUGGUAUUUGGGAUGAUCAGAAAAGCAGUAAAGACGAAACCAACAGAAAUCGACAAAGCUUAUUCAGCAUACCUGACACCGAUCAGGGCGGUCAACACUAUUCUGCAGCCUUUGUUGACAAAAGUGCUCAGGGAAAAUGGAAAAGAAAAAAAGGUCCUGCGCCACCGCGACCAAUUCCACAUAAAAGAAAAAUAAAAGUCAUGUCCAUAAAGGAUGUAAAAUUAGAGCUGGAUGAGAUCGAAUUACAGCAACAGGGUCUGGAGAAACAGGGUGUCAGACUCGAGCAGUUGAUCAGGGAUAAGUGCGAAACUGGACAAGAAAAUGAAGAAUUGACAAGCUUACGCGUGGAUGUGGAAGAAUUAGUUUUGGAACUCUUUGCACUGGUGAAUGAAAAGAAUGAACUGUUCAGAAGACAGGCUGAGCUUAUGUUACUUCGUAGGCAACAAAGACUGGAGGAAGAACAUGCAGAUGUAGAGUAUCAAAUUCGGUGCCUUAUGAGUCAGCCAGAAGCAACCAAAACAGACUCCGAUAAGCAACGAGAAGAAGUGCUAAUACAGAGAUUGGUGGAUAUUGUGGAACGGCGUAACGAAAUCGUUGAGUGCCUUGAGAUGGAUCGUCGCAGGGAAGUUGAGGAGGAUCGCAGCAUCAAUGAGCAAAUGGGAAUAUUUGCUGCCAAAAGCAAGGCUGAUCUGACGAUGUGCGGCAGCAAUGACUUACAAAGUUUGCCUAUUACUAAGAAGGAAAAAUUGAAGGACAAAGUAAAAGAAAAAAAAGUAAAGAAAAACCAUAAGAAGGAUGCCGACAAGGAUGUAGAUGAGACUGAAUUGAAGCUAAAACGUCACAAAAAAAAAUGGUUUUAAGUUAUAUUAUCUCAAGUUUAGUUUGUCGUUGAGCUAAUAAGUUCAGUUUUUAUUUAAUACUUUUAUAUACAUAUAUUUUUUUUGCACAAGAUUUUAUUAUUUAUGACUGUGUAUCAUAUAGUUAUAAGCUUAAUAAUAAAUGACUUGUUUACAGCUUAA